AACACUGUGGGGAGCUUACAGCAAGGCUAGAAUAUGAAACUGCUCUUUGGUGUUGCGGGGUUUUGUUCUUCCCCCAGUGAAUCAGGCUAUGAGCUAUUCCUGUCGGUAGUGAGAUGUUGGAAGUUGAAUGCCUGGGUUUCAGUAGUUUACAAUUUUCUGGGGUGCUGAGGAGGCUCUGCUGUGGGAAUCGCUUUGUUGCAGACUGAGCAGAGCUAUGGUGGAUGUGCAGUGGUGAGAGACUGUCUCCAAGUCUUAACAGACUGAACAGUCUGCGUGGUUUUCCUGCACCUUCUGGCUGGUCUUAAGGUGGUGAGAGAUGUGAUGGGAGAAGAAUAGUCUGUUGAAGUGGAAGAGUCAGGACUGAGAGGUGACCCCUCAGAAUUUGCAGCGUGGCCAGAAAAUAGCUCAGUGCAGAGCUUGUAUUGCUCUUUGUACCAGGCAAAAACUUUGAACUGGUCUUGUGUGUGCUACUGAGAGGGAAGCAAAGACACACUGGGGAGAGAGGGAGAUUAUUCUAAUGCUGAAGACUGCGGUGAUCAAUGAGAGAGAAAUCAAAGGCUGAGAGGCAUCGGCUUCUUUCUGCCAUACAGUUAUAUCUGGAUGGCACUGCUGUGCUCAUGUCACUGUCUCAGACCGAGACAUCCCUUUUGGUUGAAUUUGGGGAAGUGCCUUGAGAAGCUGUUUGGUUCACGUGUGUCUUGUGCUCUCUUCCAGAUCAAUCUCUCAUGUCUUUUGAAGAGCUACUGCAGGUGCAGAGUGACAUGAGAACAAGAGUGUGCAAGCAGAUGACUGGGGGGAAAAAAACUGCAAAACCUGCCAAAGCUACAGUGAAGCAGCAACAAGGCAAAAAGGGGCCAUUGGAGAUGUCUGCCAAGAAGCCUGUACCUUUUUUGCGGCGAGUUGUCGCUGUUGCAAAGAAGGUCCACAGAGACCCUCGAUUUGAUGACCUGUCUGGAGAGUAUAAGCCUGAAAUAUUUAUGAAGACAUACAGCUUCCUGGACGGCAUCAAGAAGCAGGAGAAGGAGAUGAUUCAGAAGCAGCUGAAAAAAUGCCGGAACAUGGAGCAGAAGGAGAAACUCCAGCAGCUCCUGAACCGCAUGACACAGCAAGAACAGGCACAGAAGAAACAGCAGAAGCUGAGGGAGAGGGAGCUAUCUUUGAAGAGACAACAGAGGGAAUUGGCCAAGCAGGGAAAGAAACCCUUCUUCCUAAAGAAAUCUGAGAAGCGGAAAUUGGAGUUAGCUGAGAAGUAUGCAGAGCUGAAGAGGAGUGGAAAGCUGGAGAGCUUUCUGAACAAGAAGAGGAAGAGGAAUGCCAUCAAAGACAAGCGCCGUCUGCCCUCACAGAACUCAUGACCACUGGACAGACACGCUGUUGUCUGGCACUGGGACUCUGUGCCCUGGCCAGGGCUGGAAGGUGGCCAUCCCUCUUCCCAUUAUUUGCUUUUCACUGCACAGUGAUGCUGUUACGCAGCAGAGCAGAGGCUGAACUGAAGGAAAUAGUGGGUUUUUUAUAGCUGAAACGUCCUUUCCACUUGUGUUUUACAGUGUGCCUGGGUGGUGACGGGUCUGUCAUGCAGAUGUCCGUGGUGUUGACAGCCGUCUCCUUGCACCUGCUCAUCGUCCUGUAGUCAGGAGAGCAUGAGUGUUACCCUGCAUUACUGGCUCUAUUUCGGGUCUGAGCAGAUGCCAAGGAAAGGACCUCGGAUGGGAGGGUUCUGGCACAAUGCCUGCUCAGAGCAGGGCUAGCACUGACUUCAGACCAGGUUGCCCAGGGCUGCUUCAGUUGGGAAUGUCCAAGGACAGAUCCCACCACCUCUCAGCCUCUGUUUCAGUGCUUCAGGUUCUCAAGAUGGAACUCUCCCCUCUACCCCCGCCUUUCUUCCAGGAAACCUGCCUGGUUUUAGUCCAUCAUAAUAGUCUUGUUCUCAGUGAAGUGCCUGGCUCUCUCUUCUCAGUAGCCUUGUCACAGGUCUAGGGGGUGCUGUUGGAUCUCCCCAAAGUGUGAAUAAACCCUGUUCUCUCAGCCUUUCCUUGUGCUGCUUCAGCCUUUGAACAACUUUCACAUCCUCAACUAGGGUCAGCCCAGAGGACCAACAUCCAUCUUCUAGGGCCCAGCCUGGAAGCAGUAUCUGGAUGUAAUCUCACAAGUGGCAAAUAAAGGAGAGACGAUGGCAGCCCUGUGCAUGGGCUGCAGGCUGGUGACACAGCCUCACAGCUGGAGCGCGUUGCUGGCCGUGCUCAGGGUCUGCUGCCAGUGAUCUCUCCAGCAGGGCUCCUUCCCCUGGUUUCUCAGGGUGGUCUCUGCAGGGCUAUCUGUGCUUCUAGGAAACCGAUUCUGUAUGAAAUUAAAUACCUCAGUUUUCCCUUA